CGCCUUCUCCCUGGAAUCGAGAACAUCCUUGGUGAGCCUGAAUCAUUCCCAGCAGAGCGUGUUCCAGGUGGCGAGAUAAGGCCCUAUGACGCAGCAGCAGCAGCAGUCCCCGGCGCGAGACGCGAGAUUGUGGAGCCAGGCGGUGACGUCACGCACCCUCGUGAGCCAGCUCCAUCAAGAGUAAUGAAUGAAGAAGUAGUAACCAUCAAAGGGGAGGCAGAAGACCUGCUAGAUGCCUCACAGCACACAAGUGUGGUGGUGGUGGAGGAGGGGAGGGGGGCACUGACAGUGGUGCUCUCUGAUGGCACGCAGGCCAUUGUGCACAACACCAUCACCGAGGAACCUCAAGCAGAUGAUGUGGAGGGUGUGGCUAUCCAGCUGGAUGACGGCAGGAUAGGCUAUAUCUGUGGGGAGACACUCCUGCAGGCCACGUCUGAGGAACAGGACUCACUACGCUCCAACUCCAAGUUUGCCUGUGCCUUUCCAAACUGUGACAAGACCUACUCCUCUGCAAACCACCUGAGAACCCACCAGCGUAAUCACACAGGACAGCGCCCCCACAUCUGUCACACAUGUAAGAAGCGCUUCACCACAGGUUAUGCCUUGAAGUCUCACUUGCGCACCCACACUGGGGAGAAGCCUUACAAGUGCCCAGAAGAGCAGUGUGCCAAGUCUUUCAAAACUUCAGGAGAUCUCCAAAAACAUGUUCGCACUCACACAGGGGAGCGACCCUUCAAGUGUGAAAUAUGUGAGAAAUCAUUUACAACAUCUAACAUAAGAAAAGUGCACAUGAGGGUCCACACUGGGGAGAAGCCAUAUGAGUGUCAACAUGAGGGAUGUGGGAGGAAGUUUGCUUCAGCUACCAACUACAGGAAUCAUUGCCGUAUUCACACGGGGGAAAAACCUUAUGUCUGCUCUGUACAAAACUGUGGGAAAAGGUUUACAGAAUAUUCAUCUUUGUACAAACACCACAUGGUCCACAAUCAGCAGAAGAGAUAUUAUUGCAGUCAUUGUGGGAGGUUUUAUAGACAGUUGUCAACAUUAUCUGUUCAUAAACGAAGUGUUCACAAUAUAAUAGAGAACGAAGAGGGACAGAUGCUGUGGAUGCAGACAGGACUAGACAUCCUGACUGAGGAUCAGGAUGGGAAUGAGGUGACCAUGCAGGAAGGGUCCACAAUAGUGCCUGCAGCCAGCACCUCCACCAGCACCAGGGCUGUUCAUCUCCCUCCAGGGAUGGUGGUGAAGAAAGAGGAACAGAUUAUUCCUGGGUCCAUGUUAAGCACCCAGCUGACCAUACAGGAUGAUUGUAUUCGGAUACCAACCAUGGAGCUGAAUGGUGUGAUGGCAGGUGAGGCAGGACCUGAUGGAGUGCUGCAGGAUGACCAGGGCACGUUGGGUAACCUGGAGCUGGACAGUAGUGGAAAUGGAUCAAUCUUUGUGUUUACUGAUCCUGCAAAUCUGGCAGCCCUACAACUGGCAGUAGCAGGGCCAACAGAUGGUGAUGCAGGCGUGGGAGACACAGUGGAGGUCAUUCGAUUGGAUGACUUUGCCAGUGUUGCUGAGUCCACCAUCACUGAGGAUGAAUCAGAAGCUGUUUCCUUAAAACCAGAGUUAUGUGGACGAAAAGGGAAGCUUAUUGUCAUAAAGGAAGUGAGCCUGAAAGAUGAAAAGUCAUAAAAAUAAGUCCGAAAGAGGAGAAAGUCAUCUAGUUUUUUAAUUUUGGUACGGUAUGUAUUGCUCAGUAGUUAGAUAGAAUCAGUCCACUGAAAUAUUCUUGCCUACAAGUGUAAUUGAUAUGGAGAGAAAUUAUUAUAUCAGUCACUGGGUAAGGGUAUUGCAUCCAAUUACCGUGUAAAUGUGAUGUUCUGUGGUUAUUUGAUCAAACCUGAGUAACAAGUGAAACAAAAUGUAUGUAUAAAAGGGAGAAUUUCAGUUUGUGGUACUUACUUUUCUACUCUUAUGUCAUUAUUCUGUCUUUCUUGCAUUCCAUGUAUACUGAAUCCAGUAUUCUAGAGGUAUAUCUUGACAGUCUCCAAAUCUUAAUAUUUAUUUUCUCCAUUGAAUUAGUACUUAAUGUAAAGGAAAUGGCUGGAACUUUUUGCAUCAUCACCCUCGGGUUUCAUAUACUAGGAGAGUUAAUUUCAUAAAGUAUAUGGAGAGCCAUGCACUCUAUUGAUUCUGGGCUAGUCUAAUCACUUCAUUCCUCCAUACAUUUUUUUAAUUUGAUUGAUUUUUUGGGAGGCUGUGAUCAGUUGAUACAUUCCUGAGGAUAUGGAUUUUUUAUCAUGUUUGGAUAAUAGCAGUUUUUUUUUUUUUUUUUUUUUUUUUUAGAGAAAUCAAAAUCCUCUGUCCUUGUGUCUUUGUGUAGCACCUUGUGGCUUGAAGAAGAUGCAGAAACUUGUUACCUGUGUAAAAUUUUCGCAGCUUUGAAAACUUUUAAUCACUACCUUGAAAUGUAAUUUCAUUCCAUUACUCAUCUUCCUUUCUUACAAAUGUGCAAGUUUUAUGCACAGCAGGUAUUCUUGUUUGCAGGGAUCUGGUUGAUGUUUUCUUGAUGCUUUGACAAUCUUAGAUUAUUUCCCACUUGCAAUAGUCCAUUUAAUAAAAAUCUGCAAUAUUUACUAUGAAACAGCAUUGUAUUUAAAGUACACAAGUUCACUUACUGAUUCAAUUUCUAAGAACCUUAAUUAAUAGUUGAUACAGAAUAGUGAAUGCAAAACUGAAUAUAAUGGACCUCUCAUUCUUGGUUGUAGUAAUUUUGUCCAGUCUCGACUUCAGCACUUACUCUGCCCCUGCAUCCAUCACUGUACCCUGCUUGAUGUACAGUAAACUGUUCUAUUUAAUUUAGCUGGUUCUGCAAUCUGUAUCCUCAGUGUUAGUCUACAUUAUUUUGAAGAAGCUAAAAUACCAGUAGUUGUGGUAUUAUGCCCCUGUUAUGGUACAGUAUUACCAAGUCAUUCUUAACUUUUAUUAAGUUAACAGAAGUGGUGGCUGUAAUUUUCUCCAGGAUUUCACUAGUGAUUACAGAUAUGGGAUAUGUUAUGGUCUGUAGUUCUAGUGCUUCUACAAGGAUGAGUUAGAGAUUGUUUCAGUGACCUUUGCCAUUAAUGUGGAAGAACUACCUGCAUUGUAGCUCCAGUCAGCUUGAGCAGGAAAAAAUGAAGAUUUUUCCUAUACAGUGGGUAUAGGUUUUGAUUUCAACCUACUGGUUUUCUUAUAGUGGUGGUUUUCUCCAAUCAAUAACAUUUACUCCUUUGUUACAAGCAUUUCAUCAUCACCUAAAGUGCCCUUCAGAUUUACAUAAAAUGAGUUCAGAUCUUAGUAGGGGUAGAUAACUUAUCUGGCAUCCACCCUUGUAGGAUUGCCUGGGAAAUUAAUGUAUAUAGUGCUGUUUCCAGGCAAGCUGUAUGUGGUUCCCUUGAUGCAAUGGCUGUGUGUAUCAGAGUAGUGGCUGAGUAACCUGUCAAGCUCAGUAGGUCAGGGAAAUGGGGCUUAGGUCAAGUGUUUCGCUAUUUCCUGAUCUUUAUCUUUAUUUCCUGUGGAGGGCAGAACUAUGCUAGGUUUGUGUUACUGUUUAAUCUGUAUGUAAAAAUUCUCUCUCUCUCUCUCUCUCUCUCUCUCUCUCUCUCUCUCUCUCUCUCUCUCUCUCUCUCUCUCUCUCUCUCUCUCUCUCUCUCUCUC